UCGAAUUAGUGUUGCUCAGAACGUGGAGGCGCUAACAUGAAACAAACAUAGCGGUACCUUGUAGCAGUUUAGAUUAAAAUCGAAAUUUGUUAAGCGAGUUUUCCGGUUCGUGUAGAAAAUAUAACAAUCGGUGCAAAACAAAAAUUAGAUUAAAGAAAGACAUUAUGAAAAGAGAAAUUUGUGACCAGCAACAGCAGCGAUUUCUAUACAGCCAUUACGAUAAUUGGGCGCCUCUUUGUUGAAGACAAUUAAAUUUGCACGUUUUAUGCACAAACUCCCAAUAAAAAGCAAAACACGCCCACACAAAUACUAUAUACAUACAUAAAUAUGUAUAUGCAAGCAGUGAGCAAAUGAAGGUGAAACGUAAAUAAUAAAACAAAUUGCAAAAAAAAAAUUAAAUAAAUUACCGUUAAUCAGUGAAACUAAUCGGGAAAAAAACUGUGAUACAUAAUUUUUGAACAAUAACAACAUUGUGUCAUACAGUGCAAAAAAGAACGAAAGAGCUUUGUAAUAUAAGUACUUACAUACAUACAUAUAGACAUGCCGACGAAUCUAAGCGCAUACUUACAAUAAAAGAAGAAUAUGCUAAAUAUAUAGAAAAAACGUGCAUUCCACUAGUUCCAACACAAACACUAUGACGGCUGUGGACAAAACAACGGAAGUUAAAAACGGAGCUGUUAAUAAUCGGCCGUAUUUCAUACAAAAUGGCAACAGAAAUCUGUCCUCAGACAUUGCCGGUGAACAUCGAGAGAUUAGUACUUUUCGCAGCGCCUUACCACAAUUUUUAGCUGUAAGCGCUAAGAAUAUAUUACUUUUUGUAUAUGGUAUGACGCUCGGUUUUCCCACCAUUGUCAUACCGGCCAUACAGGGUGGUGAUGGACGUGAACCCAGUGAUAUAGUGUUAAAUAGAGAUGAGAUAUCUUGGUUCAGUUCAAUAAAUUUAAUAUGCGUGCCUUUGGGUUGCCUUUUUUCGGGCGUUCUCUCUCAACCGAUUGGAAAGCGUCGCGCCAUGCAGCUGGUUAAUUUACCGAUUUUGGCUUCAUGGCUACUCUUUCACUUUUCGACGCGAACUGAGCAUUUGUAUGCGGCGCUCUGUUUGAGCGGUUUGGGUGGCGGUCUUAUGGAAGCGCCGGUAUUGACCUAUGUGGCCGAAAUCACCGAACCCAAAUAUCGUGGUAUACUCUCGGCGCUCGGUUCCACAUGUGUCAUCACCGGCGUUUUUAUACAAUUCAUUUUGGGCUCUUUAUUGGAUUGGCGCACGAUAGCCGCUUUGAGUUCAGCAUUUCCGAUUAUUUGUAUAAUAGCGCUAUGCUUUGUGCCCGAAAGUCCGACGUGGUUGAUACGUGAGCAUCGCUUUCGUGAGGCUGUAAAAUCAUUGCAAUGGCUACGCGGUUGGGUGCCCGAAUAUAUGAUCGAAGCUGAGUUUAAUCGACUCUAUGAAGAAUUGAUUACACAGCCGGCUUUGGAAGAAGCGGUGGACAAUCAUGGUGAAAAGCCAUCCAAGUGGGCCAGUCGCUUUAGAAUGUUUCGCAAACGUUCCUUUCUAGUACCGUUUAUAUUGGUCACAUUCACAUUCUUCACCGGACAUUUUUCUGGCAAGACACCACUGCAGACAUACGCGGUGCAGAUUUUCCACACACUGAAAGCACCAAUCAAUAAAUAUCACGCCACUAUUUUGUUGGGAGUUGCCGAGAUGAUCGCAACAAUAUUAUGUGUCUUCCUAAUCCACUUCACCGGCAAGCGUCCAUUGGUUAUGAUAUCUACCAUCGGUGUUGGGAUUUGCAUGUUUGGUACCGCUACAUACGCACAUUAUGUCAAGGUGGUACCUGGUUUUGCAGUGAACAAUGUAGUCAUUAAUGCUUCCAAUAUAGUGCCAAGCGAGAAUUUAAUAACUCAAGCCAAUAUUAGUAAAAUUUUUGAGGACGAGAUAUCAAUUUUGGAACCAGAUAGUUUGAUGCAUGACAAAUUGUUGGAAACAACAACAUUAUAUGCAAUCUUAGAUGGUGGCGGCAUAGAGACGACAACACUUAUAGCCAUCAAUGGUAGCGAAGAGGCAUUGAACCCUUUGAAUCGCGCUAAACGCGAAGAGCAGGAGCUUUCACUUGAUGAUUAUAAUGAUAAUUUAACUUUUGUACAAUUACCAGGCUUUGAUUAUCUAGAUGCAAAUAAUAGUAGCGAUAACGUAACAUCAUUUCUAAACCUUUUUGACUCUGAGGAGCAGGCAGAAGCCACAACAGUGUCAAAAAACUUAGAGGAAGAAUUGACUACCACUUUAGCGUCAAUUGUCCUUGACGAGCGCAUUACAAAGCCACCAUCUGAAGCAGAAAUAACUAAAGAGGUUUUGUUACCAGUACCAACACAAACAACCAACAACUUGGUUUGGCUUCCAUUAAUUUUAUUAUUAGGCAGCGCUUUUUUCGCACAUAUCGGCAUACGUAUGAUACCUUGGAUUCUUAUCGGUGAGGUAUUUCCGGCUCCAGUGCGCAGCACUGCUUCCGGCCUUGUCAGUGGCUUAGGUUACAUUUUCGGGUUUUUGGCUAAUAAACUUUUUCUACAAAUGCUGUCUGCGUUUACUUUGCCGGGCACAUUCUGGCUCUAUUCGGCAGUAGCCUUGUUUGGCGCAUUAGUGUUAUAUUUUACACUACCCGAAACCGAGGGACGCACUUUACACGAAAUUGAGGCGCAUUUUUCCAAAAAAUCGAAAACUAAUUUGUUGAAAAAAUCAUGCCGUCAAGAUUUGAAUAAGACAGUCAUCCAGUUGGAUAAUCUUCAGAAUUUACAAAUCCCUAUAAGCGCACAAACUGAAGCAAAGAUAAUUCAAUUACAACAAAGUGAUUUUGUGCCUCAGCGACUGCAUGUUGCAGGCGAGAUCAAUCUUGGGUUUGAAGAAAACAAUACAACGCACUUAUAACGGUUGGCAAAUAGUUAUGUAUAAUAGGAUUAAAUUUGUACAUAUGUAUGGAUGUUCUGUCUACUUGCAAUUUUUCAAGUGCACUACUUUGUGGAUUUAAAAAGUAUUAUUAUUUGUAUAAAUAUGUAAAUUUGUGGAUACCAAGAAUAUGUUGUAUAUA